CUUUAAAGAGAGGGUCCAAAGGACAGAGGAAGCGCGCGCCAGCAAGCUCGGUCUCGUGGCCCGGUGUUUGUCGCCCCGUGGCCUGACAAGUGAACAGUCGCGGCGGCGGGCGCGGGACCUGUGCCACCCCGAUGGGAGGAGAGGACGGAGCAGAGGGCAGGUCCAGCAGGGCGCGGUCUCCUUCUUCUCCCGCGGCACCUCAUCUGUUCAGUAGUAGGAUCUCUCCCAUUUCCAUUUGUGCCAACAGCCCUGCGCCACAGUUACGCAUUGAGGACUAACCCGGGAGGCAGAAACCGCUGCGGGGACACCCUUUGACCGCCGUGCCCAGCCUCCGCACCGCGCGCGCCUCCGUGUCUGUCUGCAGCGCUUUUCUCACAGCUUCGACACAGAGACGCAGCUUUGAACCUGCCUGCCAAGACAAACUCACCUCGCCUAUUUAUGCCCGUGCCUCCGCGUGCGCUCGGGACAGCAGAGCGUCAGCAGCUCAGGGGACAGGUUCAGGCUUUUCGUCUCCAGCGGUGCUCUGGCCACAUUUACGCACCGGGGAAUGGCCACUUUUUGGGACUCGGGAAUGAGUCCUGCUCUGUUAUUUCCACUCUAAAAUUAUAGAGGGUGACCCACGCGGGGUGGGGGGGGGUGUGGGACACCAGUAUCACGAAUCCAGCGGUGACUUUUUGGCAACCGCGGUGGGGGGGGGGGGGGGGGUUGCAUACCGGACCCGGGGCAGAAUGCUGCUCCCGACGCUGGUGACGUGCCUCGCCGGGUGCGCCUUUCUCCUCGCGCCGGUCAGCGAGGGCUGCGGGCCGGGGAGAGGCUAUGGCAAGAGGCGGUCACCCCGGAAGCUCGCGCCGCUCGCCUACAAGCAGUUCAGCCCCAACGUGGCCGAGAAGACUUUGGGGGCCAGUGGGAGAUACGAAGGGAAAAUAACCCGGAACUCUGAGCGCUUCAAGGAGCUCGCGCACAACUACAACCCCGACAUCAUCUUCAAGGAUGAGGAGAACACAGGUGCAGACCGCAUCAUGACCCAGCGCUGCAAAGACAAGCUGAACUCCCUGGCCAUCUCGGUGAUGAACCUGUGGCCCGGGGUCCGGCUGCGGGUCACCGAGGGCUGGGACGAGGACGGACACCACUCGGAGGAGUCUCUGCACUACGAGGGCCGGGCGGUGGACAUCACCACCUCGGACCGGGACCGGAACAAGUACGCCAUGCUGGCCCGCCUGGCGGUGGAGGCCGGCUUCGACUGGGUCUACUACGAGUCCAAGGCCCACAUCCACUGCAGCGUCAAGUCAGAUGACUCCGUGGCAGUUAAAUCUGGAGGCUGUUUCCCCGGCGACGCCAUGGUGACGGUGGCGAGCGGCGCCCAGAAGUCCCUCGUAGACCUGCGUCCCGGCGAGCGGGUCCUGGCGUCAACGGGCAGCGACGGCAGCGGGGAGCUCCUCUACAGCCAAGUCCUGGUCUUCCUGGACCGGGCCCCCGAGACCUGGACUCUGUUCUACACCCUGCACACGGGGGCCGGGGCCCAGGUCUCGCUCACCGCCGCGCACCUGGUCUUUGUGUCUGAGGGGAACUGCUCAGAGGGGGCGCUGCCGGUCCGAGGCGCCCUCAGGACCGUGUACGCCAGCGGGGCCCGGCCGGGACAGUGCGUGCUGGUUUCGCGGGGUGACGCGGGACCGGGGCGUCUGUCCCGGAUCACCCGGAUCAGCACGAGGGCGAGCAGGGGUGCGUUUGCGCCGCUCACCCAGCAGGGGACGCUGGUGGUGGACGGGGUGGUGGCGUCCUGCUACGCCGUGGUGGACCAGCACGCCCUGGCCCACUGGGCCUUCUCGCCGCUGCGCCUGAUCCACCGCUGGACCGGAUCCACCGGGAGCCACGGGGACGGGGUCCACUGGUACUCGCGGGUUUUACACUGGCUGGGCAGGGGGGUGCUGGACUCGGGGCGCCUCCACCCGCUCGGCGUGGCCCAGGACGACAGGUGAGGGCGGGGACAGGUCACAUAGGAGGACACUUCUACUGGAAAGGAACCUGAACCCCUCACGUUUUAAACUGGGAUGACCCCAGACCUGAGCCUGUAGAGCCGUGCAGGACCACGACGGACCCCCUGCCGAGACGAGAGACAAUUGUGGUCCUGCUGAGGCAUGAUGGGAGUUCUUUAGGGGGGACACAGAGGACCGAAGGAGCUGUGGACUGAUGAACUGUCUCCAAACCAGACGUUUUAAGGCAUUCAUAUUCAGUAUUUUGUUAUUUAAUGGGCUAUUUUGGGGGUUUAUUGGACACAUUAAUGGACUUUAAUAUACAUAAAGGGCAUUUUAAUGUGUUUUGUUAAUGGAUUUAAGUGGAUUUAAUUGGAUUUAAGUGGAUUUAAGUGGUCCCUGCAUGUUCAACUUAAAUGAAAAUGAAAGCACUUUUAAGGUACACUGUAAAUUUCAGGGGUGUUUUGGUGAAUUUUACCCCUCAAACAACACUUAAUUCAUGCAGAAAACCCAUAAACGCCCCUUAAUAAUAAUAAUAAUAAUAAUAAUAAUAAUAAUACAAUCCAUUCACCCUUAAAUCUUGGGUAAUACUGUGAAAAAAUCCCUUUUAAAUAUCCUUAAUUCUCACCUAAACCUUAAUAACACCUUCAAUUAAUCCUUAAUUGAUUUAUCAAAUAUGUACAAUGUAAUAUGUAAAUUAAGGGCAAUGUUAAAAGUGUUGUACCGCUUACGGAGCCCUUAAAUCAUGCAGAUGAUAACUUAUAAUAUAUUUCAAUGCAUUGGGUGAAAAGGUGGAUUUUUAAGGUAAAAUUUGAGGAGAUUUUAGUUUCAUGUGGUCGAGUUAAUGUAACAUUACUGCUUAAAUACAGAGAUUUUAGAAGGAACGAAAGUGUAUUUAAGUGUUGUUUAAUGUUUAUGACGUUAUUAUGGGUGAAGAGAUAUUAAAAAAAGAUUUAUUUUUUAAAUUAAAUUAUAUUGAAAUGAGCUUUGUGUCAUUUGAUUUAUAUCUUAAUGUCGGAUGUAGUCGGGGAUAAAUAAGUAUACUGGAGAAUUUGUUGUU